UUUGUAUUACAGUGGCGUACAUGUGGGGCGGGAGAGGGUUGAGCAUACCAGCAUCCAUUGCUUCACUCUCCGUGUCUGUGCUAAAACCCUGCAAACUAAAACCCUACAACUGUAACUAUACCUUUACAGAAACCCUAGUAAUGAAGACCGCCGAAGAAGCGGAUGUUGGCAUUAACUGUUACAUCUCUCAGCUUCCUGGAUUUCGCGGCGUAUUGAAACAAAGGUAUUCUGAUUUCAUCGUUAACGAAGUGGAUUCCGAUGGAAAUGUUGUUCAUUUGACCUCUCUGCAUGCCCCUCCGGAGGAAAAGGAAAAGGAAACCUCUGAUAAAAACGAUAAAAGUUAUGCCACUGAAAUCGAAUUGUUUAGAUCCCUUGCUGGUGAUUCUGAUACCGAAUCUUUGAAAGUUUUAAUAGAUCAAACCAUAGCUGGUGGUGACAGUGACAAUGGCCCGGUUACGCUUUCUCCGGAUUCAGAUAAAGCCCAUAGGACGGCCGUUCAUAAUUUCUUCAAGGAGCAUUUCAAAUUCCUUGUCACAGACACAGUGGAUGGACCAGAUUCCACAUCAAAAUGCAUUCGGGUGAGGUUGAGCUCAGGAGGGCAACAUAACAGGGGCAACAAUUCAAGGAAACGGAAAGAUAGGAAUGAUAAGCCAUUUGACAGUCGAGGUUCAAAUGAUUGGCCAGAUCAUGUUGGUAAAUUCCUCAGGUUUCAUCUCUAUAAGGAGAAUAAGGACACACAAGAGGCUUUGGGGCUGAUAGGAAAGAUGCUCGGCAUCCAGCAAAGAUCAUUUGGAUUUGCAGGUACAAAAGAUAAGCGCUCUGUGUCGACUCAAAGGGUAACGGUUUUUAAGCAACAUGCAAGAAGAUUAGCUGCUCUCAAUGACCGGCUGAUUGGUAUCAAAGUUGGAGAUUUUUGCCACAUCAGAGAAGGACUUCUUCUUGGUCAGCUCCUAGGGAAUCGGUUCACUAUUACAUUGAGAGGAGUUGUUGCAGAUUCUGAAGAUACUAUAAAAGCAGCUGCAGAUGCUUUAGGAAAGAAGGGGUUCAUAAAUUACUUUGGUUUGCAACGUUUUGGAAGUGGUUCUGUACCAACUCAUCUCAUCGGGGCAGCAUUACUUCGUGGAGAGUGGAAAACUGCUGCAAGCAUGAUUCUUGAUCCAAGAGAGGGGGAACGUGAAGCCAUCAGGAAGGUGCGUGAAUUCUAUAAGGAAAAUGGGGAUAUUGAGGGGACCCUCAGGCAAUUACCCCAUCAUUUGGUUGCUGAGAAGGCCAUACUUCAGUGUUUAAAGAAAUGUCCUGGGAACUACUUGCAGGCCCUAAAGUCUAUUCCAAGGACUUUGAGAAUGAUGUAUGUGCAUAGUUACCAAAGUUACCUGUGGAAUCAUGCAGCAAGUGUUAGAUUGCAAAAACAUGGAAUUGACCAAGUAGUGCCUGGAGAUCUGGUGUAUUGUAAACGAGCUCCUACCAACACACUGAUGGAAGCUUUUAAACCAGAAAGUGAGGAAGAUAAUGAAAAUGAUUUUAGCCAUAUAGAUGAGAUCUCAGAAAUAACACCUCCUGAAGGAAAGGAUACUCCUGUGAAGAUCUUGAAUGCAGAGGAUCUACUUGGAGACGACUAUAAAAUUGAUGAUGUCAUACUCCCAUUGCCUGGUUCAAGGGUGCUCUAUCCGACGAAUGACAUUGCUGAAGUUUAUCAUGAUCUGGCAAAGAAGGAUGGUAUCAGCUUGACUGAGUGUGCACACAAUAUCAAGGAAUUCUCGAUAACCAGUAUGACUGGUGGUUAUAGACGGGUAAUUCAGAAGCCUAUUGAUUUUGAAUGGGAACUGCUCCACUACACAGAUAUCAAUCUACCCCUUGCGGAGACUGAUUUGGACAUUAUUGCAAAAUUUAGACCUGCAAACAUAAUUGGAGAAGAGGGUUUAACUGAUGCAGAUGAGCCCAAAGUACUCUCUGUGAACUGUGAGAACUCAUCAGAGAAUGCUGAAAAACAAAUAAAGUCACUGGAAUUUAACAACAUGGCUGAUGAUGAGAAAGAGUUGGGUCUGCCAGAAGCCAAUUCAAUUGAUAGUUCUGAUACUCAGGAACCACAAAUGGCUCUCAAAUUUAGCUUCACUCUUCCCUCAUCUUGCUAUGCUACAAUGGCCGUAAGGGAGCUGUUGAAGGCAUCAACAUCUGUGGCUUUUCAUAAAACCUUGAACCAAUGAAGUCAUGAAGAUGUAGGAUAUCUGGAAUUUUAUAAGUGGAUUUUCUGGG